CCUGGUCUUCACAGCACCUUGAUCGUCGCCGGCAACAUGAGGUGGGCGGUGCUGGUAGCAGUUCUCUUCGUGGCCUCUAUGGCCGAGGGAGCAACUCUCCCCCAGAAGCAGCAGGCAGUAAAUCGUCUGUUGUACAGGAUCUACAGUCCCAUCCCGUCCGCCUUCGGCGACCUCAAGGCCGCCGCCAGCAGCAGCCCGAGGGAUCACAUCGGAGGCUGCAAGGAUGGCGGCGCUGCCGUCAACCAGCUGUUGGAGGAGCAGGAGAGCGGCCGCCUGCUCGAGCAGAAGCACUGGUUCUCCCUCUUCAACACCCGCCAGCGAGAGGAAGCUCUCAUGCUGGUUGACGUGCUGCUCAACUGCCAGGACUUCGAUACCUUCACAGCUAACGCCGCUUACUUCCGCGAGCACAUGAACGAGGGAGAGUUCGUGUACGCCCUGUACAUUGCCGUCACGCACUCCGAGCUCACCCAGGGCGUCGUGCUGCCCCCGCUCUACGAGGUCACGCCCCACAUGUUCACCAACUCCGAGAUAAUCGACAAGGCCUACGCCGCCAAGAUGACGCAGACCCCCGGCGAGUUCAAGAUGACCUUCACCGGCAGCAAGAAGAACCCUGAGCAGCGCGUCGCCUACUUCGGCGAGGACAUCGGCAUGAACUCCCACCACGUCCACUGGCACAUGGACUUCCCCUUCUGGUGGCACGGGGAUGAGAUUGACCGCAAGGGCGAACUUUUCUUCUGGGCCCAUCACCAGCUUACUGCCAGGUUCGACGCUGAACGUCUCUCUAACUAUUUGCCUCCAGUCGACGAGCUGUACUGGGACCGCCCAAUCAAGGAGGGCUUUGCUCCUCACACCAGCUACAAGUACGGUGGAGAGUUCCCCACCCGUCCCGACAACAAGGACUUUGAGGAUGUGGACGGCGUGGCACGCAUCAGAGACUUGAAGGAGAUGGAAAGCCGCAUCCGCGACGCCAUCGCUCACGGCUACAUCGACAAGCCCGACGGCUCCCACGUCGACAUCGACAACGAUGAAGGCAUCAACAUGUUGGGAGCAGCGAUUGAGUCCUCUACGUCUAGCGCCAACGCCGCCUACUAUGGCGCCCUCCAUAACCAGGCUCACCGCGUGCUUGGGUCCCAGGCCGACCCGCACGGCAAGUUCAACUUGUCCCCAGGCGUGAUGGAACACUUUGAGACCGCCACCCGUGACCCCUCCUUCUUCCGCCUCCACAAGUACAUGGAUAACAUCUUCAAGGAGCACAAGGACAAGCUGCCACCCUACACCGUCGACGAACUUAAGUAUGAAAACGUGGAAAUCCACGGAGUUGAUGUCGACGAACUCGUCACUUUCUUCGAGGACUUCGAGUUCGACCUGAGCAACGCCCUUGACACCUCCGACAACGUGGCUGACGUGUCCGUCAAGGCUCACAUCCCUCGCCUUAACCACAAAGACUUCUCAUACAACAUCCGCUACCAUGCCGACCACGCUGACAAAGUCACCGUCCGCGUCUACAUCACCCCUAAGAACGACGAGAACGGCGUCAGGCGUCCCAUUGAAGAGAACCGCUGGCACUCCAUCCUUAUUGACACCUUCUGGACCAAUGUCGAAGCUGGAGACCACGUGAUUCACCGCUCCGGCAGCGACUCCAACGUGGCCAUCCCUGACAGCCUCCACUUCCAGGACCUCAUCGCAAAGGCCGACGAAGCUGUGGCUAGCGGCUCUGAAUUGCAGCUCGAUGUUGGCCGCUCCUGUGGCCAACCCCAGAGGCUGCUGCUGCCCAAGGGUAACGAGGAGGGUCUCGAGUUCUGGUUCAGCGUCAUAAUCACCAGCGGCGAUGACGGCGCUCACAGCGACCUUGACACCAACGACCACGGCGGCAACCACGCCUACUGUGGCAUCCCUGGCGAGAAGUACCCCGACAAGCGUCCCAUGGGCUUCCCCUUCGAGAGGCGCAUCCCCAAGAAGAGCGUCAUCGUUGACCUGCCCAACUUCGAUGGCCACAUCGUCCGCAUCUUCCACAGGGACGAGUAAAGGCUGCUGUCCUUCCCUUGACACCCCCCUCCCCUUUACUACUUACAGGAGUACCUUAUAGGUGCUAAAGCUAAAAACAAUAAUGUUCUUUCACACAUUAAAAAUUCAGCCACAUAGUCAGAAUCAGUACUUUGGGUUAGAGGUUCCCUGCUGGCACCCAACCCCUCUGCCAGGGAAGUCUAAUGUCCACUCUCUUUACUAAAGGUAGCCUGUAACAACACAUGACGUACGGCGGGCACUGGCAAGAACCACAGGCUAUCUUCUUUUUUUUUACUUUUAUCUGUGAAAAGCUGCGUUGCAAAUACUUCUCAAUUGACUCCUUUACUUACUAAUACAUCACCAAGGAAUCAUUAGAGAUAAUUCAGCCAAGUUGGGAACUCCUCUCUUAUAUGCUAACAAUAUCCAAGGCGAAUUGACGCCAUUAUAAUGAUUAAAGUAACAUUCCAAAGCACCACUGUUCGAGUAUACCUAGACCCCACCGUUUAAAGUGGAUUAGACCACUACAGUAUACUGUGUAGAGUACAAGUAAAGACGAUACCGAGAGAAAAAUA